GCCCACCAGACAGUCGGACGGUCGGUCAGACGCCAGCUCCAGCCACACUCAGCCAGGAUGUCCAUCACCAAGAUUCACGCUCGUGAGAUCCUCGAUUCCAGAGGAAACCCCACCGUGGAGGUAGACCUCUACACAGCUAAAGGCCGUUUCAGGGCUGCUGUCCCAAGCGGAGCCUCCACUGGUGUCCAUGAGGCCCUGGAGCUGAGGGACGGGGACAAGACCCGCUACCUGGGCAAAGGUGUGCAGAAAGCUGUUGAUCAUGUCAACAAGGACAUCGCUCCUGUCCUGCUGGAGAAGAAUCUGAGUGUGGUUGAGCAGGAAAAGAUCGACAAGCUCAUGCUAGAACUGGACGGCACUGAGAACAAGUCUAAAUUCGGUGCCAACGCCAUCCUGGGUGUGUCUCUGGCCGUGUGCAAGGCUGGGGCUGCAGAGAAGGGCGUCCCCCUGUACCGCCACAUCGCCGAUCUGGCCGGAAACAAGGACGUGAUCCUGCCCGUGCCUGCCUUUAACGUGAUCAACGGUGGUUCCCAUGCUGGGAAUAAGCUGGCCAUGCAGGAGUUCAUGAUCCUUCCCGUCGGUGCCGCCAACUUCCAUGAGGCCAUGCGCAUUGGUGCAGAGGUCUACCACAACCUGAAGAGCGUCAUCAAGGCCAAAUAUGGCAAAGACGCCACCAACGUUGGGGAUGAGGGUGGCUUCGCCCCCAACAUCCUGGAGAACAAUGAGGCUCUGGAGCUGUUGAAGUCCGCUAUUGAAAAGGCCGGCUACCCUGACAAGAUCAUCAUUGGCAUGGAUGUAGCUGCGUCAGAGUUCUUCAAAGGUGGCAAAUACGAUCUGGACUUCAAGUCCCCCGACGACCCAAAACGCUACAUCACUGGAGAGCAGCUGGGAGACCUGUACAAGAGCUUCAUCCAGAACUACCCAGUGCUCUCCAUUGAGGACCCCUUCGAUCAGGACGACUGGGAACACUGGGCCAAGUUCACUGGCUCCGUCGACAUCCAGGUAGUGGGAGACGACCUGACUGUGACCAACCCCAAGCGCAUCCAGCAGGCUGUGGAGAAGAAGGCCUGCAACUGCCUGCUGCUCAAGGUCAACCAGAUCGGCUCCGUCACAGAGUCCAUCCAGGCGUGCAAGCUGGCUCAGUCCAAUGGCUGGGGGGUGAUGGUCAGCCAUCGGUCAGGAGAAACAGAGGACACCUUCAUCGCUGACCUGGUUGUGGGUCUGUGCACUGGACAGAUCAAGACCGGCGCCCCCUGCAGAUCGGAGCGUCUGGCCAAAUACAACCAGAUGAUGAGGAUUGAGGAGCAGCUUGGAGACAAAGCCAAGUUUGCUGGCAGGGACUUCCGUCACCCUAAGAUCAACUAAGUGGCCAACUGCAUCUUUCUCCUCCUCAUCUCCCUCCUCCCAUCUGUUGACAGUUUUCCAUCCUUCCACCCCCCAUACCGCAUGAGAUGUACCUGUAGACAGAGGUGGAGAGAGUCAAAGGGAAGCCAGGAGCUCCAUGCUCUCUGACUUGAGGAAAUUCCUUUUUUUGUUUUAAUCUUCAAUCCCUAUUGCUCUCUCUUGCUGCCCUGUUGUCAGGUGCACUUGUGGUGUGAAAUAAAGA